CUAGCCCCUCUUGCCAUGGCUGUUUUGGCCCUUUGACUCACACUGUGGUGAGGAAUAGGUAUUGUGGUAACAAAUUCCCUCCUGUAUUCAACUACUCUGCGAUUUCAACUGCUGCAAACUCGCUCACGCAUCCGUAUUCGGUAUUCACCAUGUCAUCAUCCAGCCCUCGCCUCCCAGUAUCAUCGGUCCUCGACACAAUCGGCAACACGCCCGUCGUACAACUCAAACGUGUCGUGCCUGAGAACAGCGCCGAUGUCUUCAUCAAGCUCGAGUACUUGAACCCGACGGGCUCUUACAAAGACCGCAUGGCGAAGUCCAUGAUCGAGCAGGCCGAGCUUCGGGGCGACCUCAAGCCCAACACGACGAUCGUCGAGGCCACCGGCGGCAGCACCGGCUCGUCCUUGGCCUUUAUCUGCGCCGUCAAGGGAUACAAGUUCUUGGCGCUGUCAUCCAAUGCCUAUGCGAACGAGAAAUUGCGGACUAUGACUGCCUUUGGAGCGAGCCUCGAUAUCACGCACAGCCCUUCGGGAAAGGCCACGGCGGAUUUGAUGACAUCCAUGAAGAACCGCGCCGCUGAUCUUGGGUACGGCAAGGACUAUCUCUAUACGAACCAGUUCAGCAACCGUGAUGCGCUCAUCGGAUACGCCGAGAUCGGCUGAGAGCUGGUCGAGCAGUUUCCCGACGGUUUCGACGCCUUUUGCGGUGCGUUCGGCACAGCGGGCAUGGUAAUGGGCGUGUUCAGCAUAGUAAAGCUCACG